AUGGCGAAAAAAGCAUUGGCCAAAGAUCAAAUUGUGAAGCUCAUCGUGGGCGCAGGACAGGCCAGUCCCAGUCCUCCAGUUGGUCCGGCCCUCGGUAGCAAGGGUGUCAAGAGAAUUCACGCCCGGACCGCACACAUCAACACCGGAGUACCCGUUCCCGCGCGUGUCACCGUUCGUCCGGAUCGCUCUUUCACAUUCGAUCUCCGCACCCCCACGACGACCUGGCUGCUGCUGCAGGCCGCCAACGUGGAACCUCGUAAGAAUCGCAUACGCGGAGCCAUGAACCCAGGCCACGAGAUCGUUGGAAAGGUGUCCCUGAAACAUGUCUACGAGAUCGCGCAAAUCAAGCAUUCCGAGACGAGACUAUCGGGAUUGAGUCUGCAGGGGCUAUGCAAGAGCGUCAUUGCGCAGGCGAAGUCCAUUGGCAUCCAGGUUGUUCCCUAA